AUGGCCAAGCGUGUGGAGGUAUUGCAGACGCAGCUGCCGGCGUACAACCGCCUGAAGACUCCGUACGAGGCGGAGCUUGUCGCGACAGCCAAGCAGAUUACGGCUCCCGGCAAGGGACUGCUCGCCGCUGAUGAGUCCGUUGGCUCGUGCGCAAAACGCUUCGCCCCACUGGGGCUUAGCAACACGGAAGAGCACCGCCGCCAGUACCGUGCGCUGAUGCUCGAAUGCGAGGGCAUUGAACAGUACAUCAGUGGCGUCAUCCUGCAUGAUGAGACGGUAUAUCAAAAGGCAAGCACCGGUGAGACCUUUGUGGAGCUUCUGCGGCGCAAGGGCGUGGUGCCCGGCAUCAAGACCGACAUGGGCCUGAACCCCCUGCUGGAGGGUGCCGAAGGUGAACAGAUGACGGAGGGCCUUGACGGCUACUUGAAGCGUGCACGGAAAUACUACUCUCUGGGCUGCCGCUUCUGCAAGUGGCGCAACGUGUACAAGAUCCAGAAUGGCACAGUGUCGGAGGCCGCUGUGCGAUUCAACGCUGAGACUCUUGCCCGCUACGCCGUGCUUUCGCAGAUGGGCGGCCUUGUCCCCAUCGUGGAGCCUGAGGUGAUGAUUGACGGUGUGCACGACAUCGAGACGAGCCAACGUAUCUCGCAGCACGUGUGGGCGGAGGUGGUGUCCGCCCUGCAGCGUCACGGUGUGGUGUGGGAGGGUUGCCUGCUGAAGCCUAACAUGGUGGUGCCCGGCGCGGAGUCCGGAAAGAAGGCGACGCCUGAGGAGGUGGCGCAGUACACCGUGUCCACGCUCGCACGUGUGCUUCCCCCGGCGCUCCCCGGCGUGAACUUCCUGUCGGGCGGCCUCAGUGAGGUGCAGGCCUCGGAGUACCUGAACGCCAUGAACCGUUGCAGUCUGCCUCGCCCGUGGAGUCUGAGCUUCUCCUACGCCCGCGCCCUUCAGUCGAGCGCCCUCAAGGCGUGGGGCGGCAAGGACUCCGGCAUCGCGGCUGGUCGCCGUGCCUUUAUGCACCGGGCCAAGAUGAACUCGCUUGCGCAGCUCGGUCGCUACAACCGCGCCGACGACGACAAGGAGUCGGGGUCGCUCUACGUCGCUGGCAAUUCGUACUGA